AUGCCGAGCCAAGCCGCCGACGGCAAGAGGAAGCCGCCCACGGCGGCUGUCAACCUGAUUGCUGGUGGCUCUGCCGGCAUGAUGGAGGCCCUCGUGUGCCAUCCCCUCGACACCAUCAAGGUCCGGAUGCAGCUCUCCCGCCGCGCCCGCGCCCCCGGCGCCCCCCGCCGCGGCUUCGUGCGCACCGGCAUCGAGAUCGUCCAGAAGGAGACGCCCCUCGCGCUGUACAAGGGUCUCGGCGCCGUGCUGACCGGCAUCGUGCCCAAAAUGGCGAUUCGCUUCACCUCCUUCGAGUGGUACAAGCAGCUGCUCGGGGACCCUACCACCGGCACCGUCUCCGGCCGGGGCGUCUUCCUCGCCGGCCUCGCCGCCGGCGUCACCGAGGCCGUCGCCGUCGUCACCCCCAUGGAGGUCAUCAAGAUCCGCCUGCAGGCGCAGAGCCACUCCAUGGCCGACCCGCUCGACGUGCCCAAGUACCGCAACGCCGCCCACGCCCUCUACACCGUCGUCCGCGAGGAGGGAUUCGGCGCGCUCUACCGCGGCGUCUCGCUGACCGCGCUCCGCCAGGGCACCAACCAGGCCGUCAACUUCACCGCCUACUCCUACUUCAAGCGCUGGCUCAUCGACUGGCAGCCCGAGUGCCAGGGCACCGGCACCCUGCCCAGCUGGCAGACGACGCUCAUCGGCCUCGUGUCCGGCGCCAUGGGCCCGCUCAGCAACGCCCCCAUCGACACCAUCAAGACGAGGCUGCAGAAGGCACCCGCCCAGCCGGGCGUCAGCGCCUGGGUCCGAAUCACCCAGAUCGCAGCCGACAUGUUCAAGCAGGAGGGCUUCCACGCGUUCUACAAGGGCAUCACGCCCCGCAUCAUGCGCGUCGCCCCGGGUCAGGCCGUCACCUUCACCGUGUACGAGUAUCUGAGGGACAAACUCGAGAAGAGCAACCUCGCCUUUGUCGGCGGCACGUUUGAGGAGUAA